UGGGAAUACCACGCUUUCUCUUAUUCUUGUUGUCAAAACUCACAGCUCCCGACCUUCACCUCCUCCCCGUCUCCCUCAAACCAACAACUCCGACCUCCUCCUCCGCCAUGUGGCGGCGACCAAGGUCCGGCGGGCUCGGCAUCGCCGCCAUUUCCUACGUCGCAGUUGACUACCUCCGCCACCUGUCCCCGGCGUGGCACCAUCGCCUCAUGCCGGUGCUCUGGUCGCUUCUGGCUCUCGUCUCCGUCAGCCGCGUCCCGUUCUACAAGCACUGGAGCUCCGAGUUCCGCUCCCUCAAAGCCUUCGUUGCUUCCAUGGUGUUCAUGCUCCUCACCCUUCUCUUUGAAGCCGGCUGCGUCCGAUUCGUCACCGUCGUCCUCGGCCUCGAUUGGCACCGUGAUACAUCUCCUCUUCCUGACACUGGCCAGUGGUUUCUUUUGGCACAGAAUGAGCAACUACCUCAUGCAAUAGUUGAAAUGUUGAGAGCUCGAAUUAUCGGAUUGCAUCACUUCCUCAUGUUGUUUAUGAUCCUGGCUUUUUCCGUACUGUUUGAUUCUGUAAAGGCUCCUGGCCUUGGACUAGGUGCACGAUAUAUGUUCACCAUGGCCAUUGGCCGUAUUCUUCGUUCCAUAACUUUUGUUGCAACAAUUGUACCAUCACCCAGGCCUUGGUGUGCUAAUGUUCGGUUUGGAGGUCAUUCAUAUCCUCAUCCUUGGGCUCAGAAAUAUUAUGUCCCUUAUGCUUCAGACUCUCAUGCUAUUGGUCAGGUGAUACAAAAAGAUAUAGCCUUUGCUGAUACUGGAAAAUUACUUGGUGACUACCGUCCAGACUGGGGUUCCAUGAGCUUCCUGAUUGAUUUCUUGCGACCAAGCCAAUCUGACGGAUCAUGGUAUAAUUUGCUGAGGACUGCUGGAGGCGGCUGCAAUGACCUCGUGUACAGCGGGCAUGUUCUAGUUGCUGUAUUGACAGCUAUGGCUUGGACGGAAGCUUAUGGUGGUUAUAGCUCGGGCUUCAUAUGGUUACUUGUCUUGCACUCUGCUCAGAGGGAAAUACGUGAACGGCACCAUUAUACUGUAGAUGUUGUUGUAGCUAUUUAUGCAGGCAUCCUCAUUUGGAAGGUGACGAGUUUUCUCUGGUCAGCCACGGACACUUCCACAGGUAGGAGGAUAAAUGUUCUAGAGAAAAUUCAUAGUCGACUGACCCAAGCCGCUAAGGACGACAAUAUAGAUGAAGUGAGAGAACUGCUUAGAGAGGUUGAGUUGGCUAGUCAAGAUAACCAGAAAGCCCCAAGCAAGGCUAUGUAUUUACUUGGUUGUGGCAUUGUGAUUUCGGCAAUCAUCAUCGUUCUUCUAGCAUUAGUCUUGACAAGUGAUGGAUAACAUCAUUGCAAGAUAUACUUCCACAGCUAGUGCUUAGAUAAUCAAUCAUUUCGGUUUUAUGGAUUCCUUUUGUAACAGUAUAGUGCAGUGCAGCGUGUUUCACCGCAGAAAGUUGAGAUUUCUCAUAAUCUGUAGAGAGAUGCAACAAUUCGAAUU